UACUGGUUUUAGUUGACCACAGUGGUUCCACCGGCUUACUCAGCCAGGCUUAACCGCGGUGGCGGAGGAAUGUUUAUCUGUACUAAGCGAGGAAAAUAAUUGAACGAAGUACUUUAUUUUUUUGUUGCGUUUUUUUUUUUGUACAUCGUUGGCAGACCUUAGACUAAAAGUACAAAGGAGUUUCCCGAUAGAAACUGUCCGAAGAGCUAGGUUAGCUAUCCUCAGUGUUGACUGCUAGCUUCUAUUUGAGACGGUGGACAAUUUUACCAAAGGUGCCAGCAUGCUGCAGUAACUGAGCUAGAGACUGGGAUUUCACAAUGGGCCUGGUCCAGCAAUGUGCCGAUUCAGAGAACUGCCCACAACUGGGGCGCAAUACCUCAGAAAAAGACGUCUGCUACUCGGCCCGAAUCCGCAGUACUGUACUCCAAGGAUUGCCCUUUGGUGGUGUGCCAACUGUCCUUGCCCUUGACUUUAUGUGUUUUUUGAUGAUGCUGGUUGUGUUUUCCGUGUUGAGGAAACGAUGUUGGGACUAUGGGCGCCUCGCCCUGGUGAAUGACGCUGACAGGAUGAUGAUGAAUCAGCGGUAUAGCCGUCUGGAUGAUCAGGACUACGUGAACUCUACUAUGCCAUCAGAAGCUAAUGAACGCUACUCACGCCUCACGUCAGUUUCAAGCUCAGUGGACAUAGACGGGAGAGAUUCAGGGUUUUGCUCCUGGCUAACUGCUGUCUUCCGCAUUAAGGAAGAAGAAAUAAGGGAAAAGUGUGGUGAAGAUGCAGUACAUUAUUUAUCCUUUCAGCGGCACAUCAUUGGGCUGCUCGUAGUGGUGGGUGUGCUCUCUGUGGGCAUAAUUUUGCCCAUUAACUUCUCAGGGAACCUUUUAGAAAACUCUCCAUCUAAUUUUGGGCGAACCACUAUAGCAAAUCUAGACACUCACACUAAACUACUAUGGUUGCACACUACCUUUGCAUUUCUCUACCUAUUAUUAACGGUGUACAGCAUGAGACGGCACACGUCAAAGAUGCGCUACAAAGAGGAUGAUUUGGUGAAACGUACUUUGUUUAUUAACGGGAUAUCAAAAUAUGCAGAAGAGAGGGAGAUAAAGCUACACUUUGAGCAAGCAUAUGAAAACUGCACUGUGAUAGAAGCUAGAAUCUGUUAUGAUGUGGUGAAGCUGAUUAACCUCAAUACUGAAAGGAAGAAGGCAGAGCGCAGCAAGAAAUUCUUUCUGGCCUUGCAGGAAAAGGACGAUAGUAUAACUAUGGUUAACCCCAAGCCUUGUGGACACCUUUGCUGUUGUGUCAUUAAAGGCUGUGAACAGGAAGAAGCUGUGAGUUAUUACACCAAACUGGAGUCAAAACUGAGAGAUGAAUACAGGAAAGAGAGAGAGAGAGUUAAUAAGAAGCCUUUAGGAAUGGCCUUUGUCACCUUUCAAAAUGAAACCACAACUGAAAGAAUUUUAAAGGACUUUAAUGCUUGCAAGUGUCAAGGUUGCGAUUGUCGCCGUGAAAGCCAGGCCUCUCAGUUCAGCCCCAGGCUGCAGACACACAACUGGACCGUCACCUAUGCCCCCCAUCCACAAAACGUCUACUGGGAGCACCUGUCAGUGGGAGGAAUCAAAUGGUGGCUCCGCUGCUUUGUUAUCAACUGUGUCCUCUUUCUCCUCUUAUUCUUUUUGACCACCCCAACCAUCAUCAUCUCCACCAUGGACAAGUUUAAUGUCACCAAACCAGUGGAGAACUUACGAAAUCCCAUCAUAACCCAGUUCUUACCCACAAUCCUCCUGUGGUCUUUCUCUGCCUUGCUUCCUACCAUUGUUUACUACUCUGCCUUUUUCGAAGCCCACUGGACCCGGUCAGGAGAGAACAGAACCACAAUGCAUAAAUGCUACACCUUCUUGAUCUUCAUGGUCCUGUUGCUGCCCUCUCUUGGACUCUCAAGUUUGGAUUUUUUCUUCCGUUGGCUUUUUGACAAAAGUUUCCUGGAUAAUGCUAAAGUGAGAUUUGAGUGUGUGUUCCUCCCUGACAAUGGAGCUUUCUUUGUCAACUAUGUCAUUGCUUCUGCUUUCAUUGGUAAUGCUAAUGACCUGUUGAGGAUUCCUGGAUUGCUUAUGUACAUGAUCCGACUGUCCCUGGCUCGCUCUGCAGCUGAGAGGAGGAAUGUCAAGAAGCAUCAAGCUUAUGAGUUCCAGUUCGGAGCGGCUUAUGCUUGGAUGAUGUGUGUCUUUACUGUGGUCAUGACCUACAGCAUCACCUGCCCAAUAAUUGUCCCUUUUGGACUGAUGUACAUGCUGCUGAAACACCUGGCAGACAGAUACAACAUGUACUACGCCUAUCUACCAUCAAAACUGGACAAGAAGAUCCAUUAUGGAGCUGUUAACCAAGUGGUGGCGGCUCCCAUUCUCUGUCUCUUUUGGCUUCUGUUCUUUUUCACUGUUCGCGCUGGGUUUACUUCUGCAACAUCCAUGUUUACUUUUGUGGUUUUGAUUGCCACAAUCAUCAUUUGCCUUUCUCAUGUCUGCUUUGGGCAUUUUAAAUACUUAAGUGCUCACAACUACAAGAUUGAUCAGGAGAUGGACGAGGUGGAGAGCGCACGUUUAGAGCGCCACAUCACAACGCAAAUGUACAUAUGUCAGGUACUUCAAGAUCUCCAAUCAGAGGAGGCUGCAUCAGGCAGCGGAGAGGACGAUGGGCAGGGGUCCUCACAAGAUGAGGAAAUUAUCCAGACUGAUAACAACCUGACCGCUGACUUCCAGUCUGGGGAGGACAGCCUCAUUGAGAACGAGGUGCGGCACUGAGGCAGUCUGGGAGAGGAAGACAGGCACCAAGUAAAACUUGAUGAGUGCACUCAAUGUGUGAAACUAACAUGGCACUGGACCAGCAGUUCACCAAAGCAUCAAAGCCUCCAUUGAGGGAACUUAUCCUAACUAAUAUAAGCACAUCGUCUACUAAAGGUUAAAAGGUUGCUUUGAAGGACGUUUUCUUCAUUGGGUCUCGUUAUAUUACCGUGUACCUGAAGAGAAAAUCUAACAAGCGGAAAAACGAGACUGAGCAGUGCAGAUUGAUGAAAGAAGACUGAUGCACAAAGGAAGACUUGGUGCCUUUUUUUGGGGAGAGAAGCUCUCUUUUUUUCUUAACUUUUUGCACUUGAAGAAAAAAAACUGGAAAGCUCAAGUUUCUCUGAGGUACUGCAUCAUGGCAUGCAAAUUCAAAAGAUGGAGCAGCUUUUUUUUAAUAAAGCUUUGUCUGUCAGCAUUAGAUGCUUCCAUGAAUAAGCAGCCUACUAAUGUCAGCUGAUUAAUUUGAGCUCUAGUAAUGGACUUAAACUGUUUUUUUCCAAAUCCAUAGAAGUUUAUAAAGAUGAGAAAUGUGCUACUAACACUCCUGGAAGCUCUGACACUACAUCUACACAACUAAAGUAGCCUUUUUUAUAUUUAUUGCAAGCAGAAUAUUUUUUUGAAAUACUAUCCAAUCUGGUGCAACUUUAAACUGUGGAAUACGGUAUUUAAUUGAUCUCAUAGCACACCACACUGUUGCAAUGCUUUCCCUCUGCCUCUGAGCCUUUUAAGGACCUGCUGCUGUGUCGGACCUCUGCUGCUGAUGUUACCACUGGUGGAAAACUCUCGCCCAGCUGCUCCAACCGAACUGAAAGCUGAGAAUGUUGCUCAGAGGCGAUGUUUUUUUAGAUCACAGUAUGAAUACUUCCUAAUGAAAUGUUUUCAUUUAAAUCUUAUUGUGAAUGUUUACAGCUUGACGUAGAGGUUUAGAUAAAAAAAAACAUCAAGUUUAGAUGACCUGCUAAUAGUUCUUCAAUUGGGUAUAUGAAUUUCCUACACAUCCUUAAUUUCCAUUUAUUUUUUUUCACGCUUUUUUAAAUCACUGUGCCUGUCAGAUGUUAUAAUUACACAACAAACUACUUUAAAAACGUUUAAAGAUAUGACAGGGUGCACAAGCUUUUUGAUAUAAUGCAAACUAAACAGACUUAAAUAAAAUAUGCAGAUACAUUUCCACAAGUGACACUUAAAUGCAUGUCUCUAAGCAGCCUGUACAGAAACCACUAAUUUUCUUUAGGCGUUAAAAGAUUUUCUGGUAUUAACUUUCGUCCUAUUAAUGUUUUAUCCUUUUUUCAUCAUAUCUUACAAAGCAGACUUAUUGGCAUGAAGUACUGGAACUGUUCACAAGCUUUAUUUCUUACUGUAUCCACUCCAUGUGAGGUGGAGGUCAUUUCCCUUUGCACAUAAAUGUGCCCAAAUUUCCGCCACCAGGGUGUUAAUUCGAGCUGAAGCUAAAUUAUUCAAUCAUAGUCGUUAUUUUUUCUAUACCCAGUUGCAUUUUGCUGCUAUUACUAGAAGUGAAACAGCUUCUUGGCAUGAUGCUGCCACCAUCGUGUUUUAUAAUUGGCACAAAGUUCUAAUGUUUCAAAGCUUUGCCAUGAUGCCUCCAAACAUACAUCUGGUGAUUAUAAUUUGACUUCAGUCCCUUUGGAAGCAUUUGAUAUCGGUCUAUUCCCUAUUAAGACAGUAACACUGAUGUUUCAGAAUCUUCCAAUUAUUAUUCUUGAGCUUUUUCAGUUCCUCAUAAUCCCAACUCAUUUAAUCUUAAGGUCAGGCGGUUAAAAGUCGGACAUCAAUUGGUGUUUCAAAGCAACAAUCUUUAACACUUGUCCAAAAUGGCUAAAGUGACAUUAAGCUCCUCAACUCUAAGGAACAUUUAUGCACUUUUAUGUUUUAGAGAAAAUACUUGAUGAAGUUAACCUUAUUCUCUCAAUGCAUGUUUUUAAGUUUCAUUGAAGUUAUUACUUUUUAAAUGAUUCCAGAUUCAACGCAUAAAAAAUUAUUACUGUAUGUACACUACUGACCUAUACUAGGUCGGAUGCACAAAGUUCUUGUUGCUCCCAGUUUCUACAGCAGCCGAGUAGAUUAAUUCAAACAAAUUUUUUGCAGUAACAUGUCAGAUUUUGGUUCUUGGCUGCAGAAGUGUUGAGCUCUAACAUUGGAUGGACAGGUGGAAGAUGUUUCCCUUUUUCUCUUCCGUACCAUGAAAGGAAUGUAAUUAUAAAGGCAGAAUAUGAUGUCAUGUCUGCUUCUGGAGCUGAGGGGAAAUCAUUUGGUAGUUCAUCACACACUGAUGUCUCUGCUACAGGGAUGUCUUCAUGCUAAAUACCUUCCAUCUUGAAUAGUUAACACAUUCAUGAUUAGCCUCAGCUAGCAGAAGUAGCUUCUGGAUUCUAACCAAACAUCAAAUGCUAUGUAACAAAUGAUAUCAAACCCUAGUGCCCAUGCAGUUUCUCAGGAUCUUUUUAAUUUUUUUUUUUUACUUUUUUAAAAGAAACUAACUAAUGCAAAAAAAAAAAAAACUAAUCAAUCACUGUUGAAUAUUAUGCACUAAUAUUUUAUAUCAAUAGAAUGUUCUUUCUCACUGAUAUGACUGAUGCAGAGGAGCAUGCAGUUACUUCUUCCAUGGGGUUUGUCGGCACAUUACUUUGAAUAUGGAGGUUUUGAGGACGACUCUAGAACUGACACUACUGCUUUUACCUGCUGCCUCUGUUGUCAUGAUUGGAUGAGCUGCUUUAAAUCUUAGAUAACUGGAAAAACCUCUGAAUGUGUCCUGUCAGGGUAACAAACAACGUCACAUUGUGAGGGAGAUAUUUGGAAUCUCAGCUUCUGUGUUUUAGUGCUGAAUAUAGUCUCUGUUGGAUAAAUACAAAAUAAUUAAUGAAUAUCUGAAUGUUUUCUCUUGCUAAUCAGGAAAUGGCCAUUUUUAUACUGUAACAAAAGUCAUGUAUGUCUAGUUCUGCGUCUUGGCAUUUCAUCAGUGCGAAUUGAUCAUUUGUUUUAUGUGUUCUUUAUAGAUGGUUGAAAAGAAACUGGAAAUGAAUGGCUUAUUGUAAAAGGCCGAGCUAACAGAUUGCCCUCUUAAUGUUUCCACUGUAUGUUUAGAAAAGAUGGUAAAAUGUUUCUUCACACUAAAAAGUUUAAAUGUCUGUUUUUGUUUUGUCGAGUUCUUUGUGUUGAAGUAGCAAUUGGGGAUUUGAACCUUUAACUUGGUUUAUCAUUCUCUCCAAUACCACAUCUGUUCAGCAGAUAUAGGAUGUUGUGUAUGUCUAUACUGCUGUGGAGUUUUCUCAACAAUAAAUCUUCAUCUAAUCAACAUUGGCUGAUUAGUCUCAGUUCAUCUAU